AUGUUUCCCGUUCUUCGAAAUAUUGUGCUCAUGAAGUUUUGCAUUGAGGUUGUGAAGUUUGAUGUGCUGGAUGGAGUAUCGAGUCAGAAUGAGAAUGCUGUGAUUCGCUGUGUGAUGUGCGGGAUGUGGGAUGUGCGGGAUGUGGGAUGUGUGGGAUGUGCGGGAUGUGGGAUGUGCGGGAUGUGGGAUGUGUGGGAUGUGCGGGAUGUGGGAUGUGCGGGAUGUGGGAUGUGCGGGAUGUGGGAUGUGCGGGAUGUGCGGGAUGUGGGAUGUGCGGGAUGUGGGAUGUGCGGGAUGUGGGAUGUGCGGGAUGUGGGAUGUGCGGGAUGUGCGGGAUGUGGGAUGUGCGGGAUGUGCGGGAUGUGGGAUGUGCGGGAUGUGCGGGAUGUGGGAUGUGCGGGAUGUGCGGGAUGUGGGAUGUGGGGGAUGUGCGGGAUGUGGGAUGUGCGGGAUGUGGGAUGUGGGAUGUGCGGGAUGUGGGAUGUGCGGGAUGUGGGAUGUGCGGGAUGUGGGAUGUGCGGGAUGUGGGAUGUGCGGGAUGUGGGAUGUGCGGGAUGUGGGAUGUGCGGGAUGUGGGAUGUGCGGGAUGUGGGAUGUGCGGGAUGUGCGGGAUGUGGGAUGUGCGGGAUGUGCGGGAUGUGGGAUGUGGGGGAUGUGCGGGAUGUGGGAUGUGCGGGAUGUGGGAUGUGGGAUGUGCGGGAUGUGGGAUGUGCGGGAUGUGGGAUGUGCGGGAUGUGGGAUGUGCGGGAUGUGGGAUGUGCGGGAUGUGGGAUGUGCGGGAUGUGGGAUGUGCGGGAUGUGGGAUGUGCGGGAUGUGGGAUGUGCGGGAUGUGGGAUGUGCGGGAUGUGGGAUGUGUGGGCUCUAACCAACACUGA